CGUUCGUUGAUCGAUUGAAGAAAGUUGCCAGCAGCAUUACUGGCAGCGUGUAUGGUGUGGACCUUUGUAGCCUGCACCACUGUAUAGCAUGCAUGCCAUAGAUCUACGAACUAGACUACGGCCAGUACGGGUACUUUCGCGGCCAUGCAGGAGAUGGGCGACAACACUGUCAGAAUGCUAGGAGUCGCUCGAGCCAUGCGAAUGUCGUGCAUGCAGCAUAGCAGGCAGAGCAGAAUGAUGACAAACAUCAUGAAACGGAGAUACAAUGACAUGGCCCGGAUGAUGAUUAUAUAAGUUGUAGGGUAGGAAAAAGUUCCGCAAUCAGUCUGUGAAACUGUCAACACUAACUGAUUACUAUUGUUCUGGUGCUGCUGCUGGUGAGAGAGUUGGCAAAGCACUACUUCAAAGUUCACUACUCUGCGUAGCGUUCAUUGACUGUCAUAAAGCGGCGGUCUACCGAAAACUACUUCAGUUUCAAUUCCGUUCGGUGCGCGCGCCAGUCCAAGACGGAACAUCCUGAGCAGCCCGAAGCGGUUUAGCAGUGACCGUUACUCGACCGUUCCCUGUCCCUCUUGCCAGGCACUUGUGUGUAAGGUCGGUGUGUUGCCAUUCCUACUGGAGGCAAUCACACACUCAGUCCGUCACCCCAACACUUCAACGCUAUGCUCGACUAUGGAAGUCGUCUGCUUGGGGGACAUCCCACGGACGGACAAGGCCUUCCCGCAGCAGCAGCAGUUACUGCAUCAGGAUCGCCUCAACUGGCAAUGCUGACGGCGGGUAGCACGGCUCUGGAACAUCGCGCUGGUACAGUUAGUCUGGCACAAGCUGGAGACUAUUCUCUCCUACCGUCCGCGCCUCUGUCCACUUCCGUCCUACCAGCCACAGUAACAUCGGCGCCCUCUCAGCAUUGGGUUGUUAACGGCAGUACCUGUGGCUUAGCGGCAAUAGCAGCAGUACCAGCGUCUCCAGCUACACUCGAAGACUACACAGCAGCAGGAGCAAACCAUCACCAACAGCAUCAUCAUCACCAUCAUCAUCAUCAUCAACAGACACAGGUACCAUCUAUCAGUGCUGCAGCUGUACCAGCCAGUCCUCGUGGUAUCACAGCCUCACCGGUCACUGACUACUCGGCUGAUCUGCCCACUGCAAUCAUGACCCCAGACUCUGUGCAUAGCCCGGAGAGUCACCGAAGUCAGCAGCAGCAGCCACAACACCAUCAACAACAGCAACAACAGAAUGAGUAUGAUUUAGGUCCCUAUCAAUCACCGCCAGCUCUAACUCCUCGAUACUUCAACCCACCAGCAACAUUCGUCACCAAGGCUGACUACAGCCAUCUCUCCGUCCAUCACACAAACACUGGCCACUGCGGCAACAGCCAAGAGUGGUCUGUAGCGGGUCCAGCAACAGCACCAACAUCUGAGGCGGACGGUGCAAUGGCGUGCGUGCAGCAAGUACAACAUCUAGUCACAGGACAUGGCACGACUGCGACCAGGAUGAUUCAACCACCGGCCUACGAAUCUCCUCACCGGGGCAUGGCAUACCCUCUGACCAUUGCUGCCACUGCGCCAGACCACAAUGCACACUAUCAACCUGCCUGGACUGCUGCCAAUGGCGGUCCACCCGAACUGCUGCACCGUACACCCAUGUACCUGAAGAGAAAGAGAAUGAGACGGAUCGCCUGCACCUGUCCACACUGUCGAGAUCCCCAGGGCAGACCCAUAAAGUCGGAGAAGGGAGUCAAGCGUAUCCACAUCUGUCAUCUUUGCCAGAAGCUCUAUGGCAAGACGUCGCACCUUCGCGCGCAUCUCCGCUGGCAUACUGGAGAGCGUCCAUUCGCCUGCACGUGGCCCUACUGCGGAAAGCGCUUCACUCGCUCUGACGAACUGCAGCGCCACUCUCGUACUCACACCGGUGAGAAACGCUUCAUUUGCCCGACCUGCUCGAAGAGAUUCAUGCGCAGCGAUCAUCUCUCCAAACAUAUCAAGACCCACGAAAAAGCCAAGAACCUGAGCUUGAAACAGCAUCCCAGUGCCCGAUGAGCUGUGACCGCGCAACAACAACCGCGCAGUGUCCGGAAUCCCAGAACAGUAACCAAUGUUUUUCUUCCGUUUUUCUGCACAACACAAAGUUCUAUUUCUCUUGGUUCAAACGCUCAAAUCGCCAACUCGCUAUUUUCAUGCAUUCGCUGUCUUCCAAGGAUAUAGAUUUAUAACUAUACAUGCACAUGAAAUAGAAAGAUAUGGAUGUGGAACUGUUAUUGCCUGGUAGAAGGAGCUAGCUUGCGAAUACAUGUGACUGCACGUCAUGUAUGUAAUGUACUAUUUUUGUUUUGACCUUGACUGGAAGAAAGAAUGAACUGGCUCUCUAAUUCCAAUGAAACCAAUCCGUACAGUACGCAGUGUACUUUGCUAAGCUAGGUAAGCUAAGGUAAUCCCUAAAGAAACUAUAUUCUCCUUCAUUCUAGCAUGCAUAGCAACCUUUGUAUUUGCAUUCUUCGGAUUGGACUAUUCAACUCGCUCUAUAAUAAUUUCAUCUUCCAAUAAGGGCCGUCUAAGUAUAAGCAUUAUAAUAAUAAUUAUUAUUUCUGCCGAAUUCAGUAUUGGGGCACUUUUCACGCACUGCUGCAUGUUCACGCAUUCUCAUAUCCCGCGUAACUAAACUUAGUAUGCUGUGCAUGUGCCCGUAGCGCCCACUGUUCACCAUAGCAUUAUAUGAACGAAUAUCAAUCAUUCUCCUCCAUGAACAUGCAGUUUUGCCUUCGUCCCUGAAUUGUCUUCAUGUGGGACUUUGGGGCACUCGUCGUGACGACCUUCACUUCACCGGAUUUGCCGCGGUGUAUUUGACGCUUUCUUGUCUGCUA